AUGAGCGACAUCAGGUUGGGAGAGAGGUUUUAGACAGACUUGCUCCGCGGCUAAGAAUGCGCAAUCUGGUCAGUUCUACAAGUUAAGUUUACACAAUAUAUGUGCAAUGUUGAAACUCUCUGAUAAGGUAGGGGGUCGAAGUGGCACAAAAAUUCUGUUAGAGGCGAUGUCCCAAGAUAAAGUCCACUUGGCCAAGUUUGUCCUGGACGCUCUGGAUGGUAAGAUCGUCGACUCGAAAACGGAGGGUGCCCAGACCCCACUCAUUUCGUCCGUUUUUCUACCAGACUCUCCGGUGAGAUCCAAGUUCAUUAAGCUUCUUUUGCAACGCGGAGCCAGCGUCAAUCACAAGGACGAGAGCGGACGGACAGCCCUGAGUCACGCUUGUGAGAAAGGCUACCUCGACGCCGUGAAGGUUCUGGUCCAGCACAACGCGGAUCCGGAGAUGGAGGAUUUGUGGGGGAACACUGCGCUCAUGUAUGCCGUCGUAGCAGGACACACUGUGGUCGUAGAGUUUUUGGUCAGGGCGUUCAAGCGCCUUGGACUACAAAUAGACAGGCAAAACAAAGUGGGGAACUCUGCGUUGAAGGUAGCCGAGUACCUUGGCCAUAAAGAAUGCUUGUAUGCGCUGACGAAUCCCUCCAAAAAAGUGAGUGAAUAUAUUUUGGGCCUACCAGACAGAGUUGGCAACGCAAGCGUCUUGGAAGACGUUGAUACACAUGAAGUCGCCCCUCAGAGGAAAACUCCAGAUCUCCCUGCGCACCAUCUGUCGGUGUGCGCCAAACACGAGAGCGCACCCAGAGAGGCGUCAUGUCGCUCCAAAACGGCUUUGAGUAAAAGGAGAUCUUUUAUUUUAAAGAAUCGCUUACAGUCAAUGGAUUCCAUUGAGGAGUAUGAGAAGGAGAGCGAAGGCUCGCCGACCUCCCAACAAGGCCUCUUUUUUUCGGGCGUCCUGACCCCGAUAAUUCAUCAGAGAUCCAGAACUCCCCAGUUCUUAAAACAAGGAGAGAAGUCGAGCUCCGCUGAUGACCCCGGCUACCUGCCCCCGUUACCUAGAGGAACAGUCAGCCAGCCUCCUGCUCAGUUCUCCCCGAGGCCGUUCAAAAGUGUGCCAAAAAGUUCUGCGCCUGCCAUCUCUUCCUCGUGCUCCGUGACCAGCCCUCUUGGUAUCCUCAUGACCCCAAUAACGGGGAACGUGGCCCAUGACAAUGCGGACAAGGAAAAAGCCAAAAAAAGCACCUUUGACUUCGGCAUCCGGAGAUUCGAUGACAGCUACUACCAAAAACGCUGCAGCUUGCCCACCAGCCUGCUGAGCCCCCUGCCCCCGGAGCGCGCGCAGAUGCCCGUGCGCAAAGUCAAAGCGGUGCGAAAGAAUCCGCCGUCUCAGGGGUACACUGAGCCCGCAGAAGUGCAAUCGCCACCGGCAUCAACCACUUUCUCUGUCCUGGGCAACAAACUGUUAAGGCGCUUUACUUUCCCGGAGUUCAAAAAGACCGGCAAGGAGCUGCAAGACAGUGAGUGUCCGGCGCAGAGUGGGACUGGCCAGCCUAUGGCUCGUGGGAUGCCCAGGUCCGAGACGUUUCCCCUGUGCACGAACCACCCUCAGGUCGGCAGCAAGCCGAGCAUAGACAGUAUCAGCGCGGUAAAGUGCGAGUUUGAGUGUCUGCUAUUCCGGAACCCAUCCUUUGAGGCGACGGCAGAAGGGGAAGCAUGGCUUGUCCGGGGCACAGCUUUGUUCCCGCACGCACGGCUGAGCUCACACGUUAUCGAGCCGCAUCAGAGAGCGCAUCAACAACCCCACAUUCGCACAGAGCAGCAUCUGCAGCCCUGCGAGCGACCAGGAGGGGGGAGGAGGAGAGGAGGAGGAGGAGGAGGAGGAAGGCGUGACUCCUCGCUGCUUAGCAGAGCGCGUGCCUUCCCCUCCUCCAUCUCCACCUCCUCCUUUCGUGACUUUUUUCCGACUCCUCCAUCGGUAUUUUCCCAGCGGAAGUCCACCCGUUUGACUAUGGAGCUACGCAGCUUCAGCACCAUGGACACCGCCAGACUUGUCCUCUACUUGCUCGGCACUGUGACACGACUCGUGGUGAUGGCCGAGCAAGAAAGUGAGAAUCUGUCAGGACUGUCCAACAACCCGGACAAAGACAUAUUUGCCGUCCGGGAGAACGGCACUACUUGUUUGAUGGCUGAGUUUGCAGGCAGAUUCAUGAUACCUUACGACGUGCUAGCACUGAACGGCAUAGAUCUAAUUACAGAAACGGCAAGCGUGACUCUACCCCGGGGGGCUGGGGUUGAGGGGAGGUGCGGACCUAACGAAGCGGAGCUUCACAUCUUCUGGGCAAACAACGCUUACAUCUUCCGCCUCUUCUUUGUGAAGGAAACGCGCCAUACAAAAGAUCCGAAUCAAAAGGAGAGCGAGAUAUGGAAAAUUAACAAGGUCCAAUUGGUCUAUGAUACGUCAGAGACUACGCAUUUUAUCAGUGCAUACAACCCUGGGAAGCACACAGCCAACUCACACAAAUUGUCUGCCUUCGUGACCCCUGGGGGCCGCUCGUACGUGUGCACAGCUCAGCAGACACUCACGCUCCUUUCCACCGACCACCAGAAGGGUGUCACCAUCGCCCUGUCCGACAUCCACAUCCAGCCCUUCGACAUCCAAAACGACUUUAUGUUCAGUGAUUCAUAUAAGUGCAUCACAGACCAGCAUGAGCAGCUGGAGGAAACUCUUCCCCUGGUGCUAGGGCUUGUCCUGGGCCUGAUCAUCGUCAUCACCCUCGCCAUCUACCACUUCCACCUCAAGCUGACCGCACAAGAGCCGCAGCUGCCCCGAGACCGCUCCCUCUACAAGAACAUGUGAAAGAGGCGACCCAGGCGACCGCAACCGCUACAAAAACGUGUGAAGGACUCUCUCUCUCCUUCUCUUUCUCUAUCUCUCUCUCUCUCUCUCUCUCUCUGCCUCUCUGUCUGUCACCAAAUGGCCGCUAAUUUAACCAGGUCAGACCCAAACGCACAAGAUGGUGACCAGAGUUAGCGGCCUUCUGGCCCUACACUGUCCCACACACACACAUGCGCACACACACACACACACACACACACACACACACACACACACACACACACACACACACACACACACACACACACACACACACACCUUACACACCAAUAAGAACUCUUUCAGUUGCUAUUUGUUUCUUGGGCUCAUCUGCUCAAUUGCUGUUCUGUCUGUCCAACUGACCGUCCUUGUUGUCCGGUGAAAGAGCCUCGUCUGCGUCACGCUGUCUCUCUCCCAUCCGUAAUGUACUCUAGUGAUGAAACGUAUGUGUGUUCUGUAGAUGAUUUAUCAGAGUUGAUUUGACAUUCCAUUACAUGUUGCUUCCUGGCAAAACCGUGUGAAGAACAUGCAUAGACUAUGCUGGUAACACUUUGUGAUGAACAGACAAGGGAAGGAAAAGCUUUCAUAUGCUGUUGAUUCGGAGAGAAGGGGCAUCAAAUGUGGGCUUAAGGAUGAGGGUGAGAAUGUUUACACGAGAGUAAAUUAUUUUCUGAAUUUCUAUGCAUUCAGAGGAUCCACGCGCUGCACAGUGUUGAAAGCCUGAAAUAAAGGAUUCUGUGUGUGUCCAUUC